AUGAGUAUGGAUAUUAAAGUUGGCAAAUCAUUUAAAUUAACACGAAAAUUAGGAGAAGGAGCUUUUGGUUAAAUAUUUCAUGGCAUAAAUUUAAAAAAUAACGUUGAAGUAGCAAUAAAAUUAGAACCUGUAAAUACAAAACAUCCUUAAUUAUUUUAUGAAGUAAAACUUUACUAAUACUUAUUACAAGAUGAAACAGUAAUAGACAAAGGCAUUCCUUAAGUUUAUUAUUGUUCUACAGAAGGAGAAUAUAAUAUUAUGGUUAUGGAUUUAUUAGGUCCAUCAUUAGAAGAUCUAUUUAAUUUUUGUGGAAGGAAAUUUGGGUUAAAAUCGGUUCUUAUGAUUGCAGAAUAAACAUUAUAAAGAGUAGAAUAUAUUCAUUCCAGAUAUUUCCUUCAUAGAGACAUAAAACCAGAUAAUUUUGUAAUUGGAACAGGAAAAAGAUAAAAUAAAAUUUUUAUUAUUGAUUUUGGUUUGGCUAAAAGAUAUUAAUAAAAAGAUGGAACACAUAUUCCCUAUAGAGAUAAUAAAAAUUUAACCGGAACAGCAAGAUAUGCAAGUAUUAACACUCAUUUAGGAAUAGAAUAAGGAAGAAGAGAUGAUUUAGAAGCUAUAGGAUAUAUACUGAUGUAUUUUUUGAGAGGAUAAUUGCCUUGGUAAAAUUUAAAAGCAAAUAAUAAAAAAGAUAAAUAUGAAAGAAUUAUGGAAAAAAAAUUAUCAACACCAAUAGAAGUAUUGUGUAAAGGAUUUCCUUCAGAAUUCGUUGAUUUUUUAGUUUAUAGUAGGAAUCUAAGAUUUGAUGAAAAACCUGAUUAUAAUUAUUGUUAAUAAUUAUUUAAAGAUCGGUUUGCUAAAGAAGGAUUUGAAAGAGAUUAUAACUUUGAUUGGAAUACUCUUGCUAAAGAAAAGAAAAAAGAAAAUAAUGGAAAUUAAGGAACUAGUGAAGAUAAAGUUUAUAAAUUCUUCUAAAUAUGA